AAAAUGCUAAAAGUCACGUGACUGGAUGUCACAACAACAAUGCUUGUUUACAAAUGUCGUCUGAAACACAUUUUGUAAAGCAGCCGAACAUGUCCGCUCAAGGAGAUUCUGUCAUUGACAUUGCACUCUUGCAGAAAAAUAUAAACUGCCUUCAAAGUGAAGACAAGAAGAAAAGAAAAUCAGCUCUUGAUGAACUUCGUAGCCAUAUAUUUCCUCUGUGCAAGUCGUAUCCCCAGCUCAUGCAAGAGCAUGAUGAUAUCUUUAAAUCGAUCAUAAAGUGUUUUAGUGAUCAAUCUGAGGCUUGCAGAGAGUCUUCAGUAAACCUUUUGAAAGAUCUUUUAUCAGAGAAUGUCCAUGUCAAAUACAAUUGCGCAUUGGUCAUGCCGGUUCUCACUUCAAGGUUAGGUUCGGACGAAGUUAUUGAAACCUCUGAAGAAGUUAGAUACGUCCUUGUUGAACUGCUUCAUGGCCUUAUCAAGCGUUUCCCCAAAGAAAUUUCCCCUUUUUUCAAUGAACUUAUCAUAAUUUUAAAAAAGGCAAUCCUCGACCCAUUCCCUAAAAUUAAAAAAGAGAGUUGUGAAUGUGCGCGCUCACUAGCAACUGCAAUCCCAGAGAAUUUUCACAUGCAGUCCGAAUCUCUUGUUAAACCACUCAUCCAAAUUUUGACUCAUCAGCAGUACAGAGUUAGAGUAACUGCCAUACAUGCCCUUGGUACUGUUGUUCGCUUUGGGAACAAUAAGUCCAUCAAGGAUGCCUCAGGCCCACUUGCUGAAAGGUUAUUUGAUCAGGCUCCACAAGUUAGAGAUGCUGUAACUCAAACAAUUGGUGAUUGGCUUAUUAAUUUGCCAGACCGAUAUUCCUAUUUUUACGUAAUGAUUCCUCUCAUUUUAACAAGUCUAAAUGACCAAUCUCCUGAAAUUCAAGAAAAAGCAUGGACUCUUUGGAGUGAGGCAGGUGAACAAUGGGCCAAGGAAAAUGAAGAUGAUAUUAAAGACAAACUUGAUUUUUUAGAUGCUCAGCCUCAACAUUACCCACUGAACUUGAGAAGGCCAAAUAUUGGUUGUCGCACCCUUGUUAAAAGAAAUCUUCAUAAAAUUGCAUCUGCUCUUGUUCGUGAACUUGAGGAUUGGCUUGUUGAUGUUCGCAUUAAAUCUUCUCAGCUACUUUGUGUUAUAGUUGUAAAUGCAGAAAGAGAUUUACAUCAGUAUGUAGAGCAACUACUCCUUGGAAUGUACCGAGCCUGCAAUGAUGAAGAUGCAAGAGUUGUAAAUAAUAUUGAAAGAGCAUCUCACCUUAUGGGUUAUUUUAUACCGCCAACAAAUUACUGGGCUUUAAUACAUCCAAUCAUGGAGGAUUCCUGCCACCAAGGACAUCUGAGGGUUUUGGCUUCACUCAUGAGUGGUAGUGAAUCAACAUUACUCUUGAGCUCUAUAAAAACUGUUGCAGAUUUUCUUCAACAACCCUCCAUUUGCCGUUCUAGAGAGGCUGUUUACCAAACACAGCUUGUGAAAUGCUGCCAGUCUAUUCUGAGUGUGUGUGGAAAAGACAGUGUUGUUGUUUCUCAACAAAUAUUUAAUGUCCUUUCAACUGCCCUAGCCCUUGCCGCUUCAGAUGAUGUACAAAAAUUUGCCCAAGGUACGCUAAGCAAUUUGAAAACACUUGAAGAUCUAGAAAAAGUAUCUGAUCUGUACAAAAAGUUCAUGCGCCCACUACUCCUGGAUGUUAGUUCAUCUCCUGAGUUGUGGACAGUUCACUGCCCCGAGAGACAAAUUUUUCAGACUUUGAUGUUGAAUUCAGGUCCUGCCAUAAGUGCUAAUCUUGAUCUAAUGAUUCCAACACUAACAGCAAGCUUAAAACCUGAAAACCAGGAUGCUGAAAUGAAAUUAAAAUUAUUAACAAGUGUUGCAAUAAUCUUGCAGAAUGCAGAUAACACACACUGCAUUGAUACUCCUGUGAUGGAUCCAUUCCUUUUAUCUAUCAUAAAAGGUGUAAUCGCUCCCAACCUGGUGUGGAAAGCUGGACGUACUGCAGAGGCUUUAAGGACAAUAACUGUGUCUUGUCUGUUGUCAAUCCUUCAAACACAUGGGGUAAGAAAUGAAGAAACAACGGAAUAUCUUGUGGAUAGUUUGACUCCUAUUGUCUUGACACUAGUUGAGGAUUCUGCCAAAAAGUCUCGAUUAUACUCUUGUCAUUCCUUGUGCCACAUUAUAUGUGCAGCACAAAAAAUGAGUAAACUAAGGUCUGAGCAUGUGCACAAAAUUUACCCUGUGGUCAUGAAACGCCUUGAUGAUGUUGAUGAUGAUGUAAGAACCACUGCACUAGGUGUUCUGAAAAAUUUGUUUAUAACCCUCCCAGAUGAUUACAACAUUGAAUGUUCAUCUGCACACAUAGAAGCUUUGUAUUCUACUCUCCUUGUUCAUCUUGAUGACCCUUCUGUCCAGUUUGGUGCCUUGGUGCUCGAAGUAUUAAAAGAAAUAUCAUUUCUGAAGCCAAUUUAUCUCUCAGAUAAACUUAAUACAGCAAAAUCAAGUUUUAGAAAUCAGACGGCUUGCCAAGAACUGUCUUCAUACAUUGACAGCGCUCAUGUGUUGAAGAUGAACUGAAUUCCUUACUGGUUUAAAACUACAUUACUACUUUUGUAACAUAUUGAUAAAAUUGUGUAUUCUUUUUGCACUAUCAAAGUUUGUAGACCUUUUAAAAAUAAUCUGUGAUGUAUCAACUCUCCACCAAAUAAUAUUUGAUGGAUCAAUAAAUUUAAAGAAAAUGGUAAGAAACAGCA